AUGAGCCGCGAGAUCACGACUGUGGUGCUGGCCGAGCGGCCCAAGACCGUCGUCGUGCCGGGCGAGACGUUCCGGGUCGAGAAGGUGGCCGCACCGACCGAGGCCGACCUCAAGGACGGCCAGCUGCUGCUGGAGACGCUCUACGUCAGCCUGGACCCGGCCAUGCGCGGCUGGCUCAGCACAGAGCGGUCGUACAUCCCGCCCGUGGCCAUCGGCGCCAUCAUGCGCGCCGGCGCCAUCUGCCGCGUGCUGGCAACGCGCUCGGCCAAGGCGGCCGUCGGCGACAUCGUCACAUCCUUUUCCGGCUGGACCGAAGUGGCCGUGGCCGAGGAGGCGACGGUGAACAACCUGUUUGCGGCGCUGCCAGCUGAAGCCCGCAGCCAGCUCAGCAUGACCGACCUGAUGGGCACUCUCGGCAUGACCGGCCUGACCGCCUACUUUGGGCUCGACAAGAUCGCCGGCCCCUUCAAGCCGACCGACACCGUGGUCGUGUCCGGAGCCGCCGGCGCCACCGGCAGCAUCGUUGCCCAGAUCGCUAAGCUCAAGGGUGCCAAGCGCGUCAUCGGCAUCGCCGGCUCCGAAGAAAAGGUCCGCUGGCUCGAGGACGACCUCAAGCUCGACGUCGGCCUCAACUACAAGGACCCCGACUUUGCCAAGAAGCUCCGAGACGCCGUCCCCGACUUUAUCGACGUCUACUGGGACAAUGUCGGCGGCGAGAUCCUCGACUUGGCCCUCAGUCUGGCUGCUCCUCACUCCCGCUACGUCAUGUGCGGCGGCAUUAGCCAGUACAACUCUGGCAAUGUCCAGGGCCCCAAGAACAUCCUCAAGGUCGUUACUCAGCGCAUCAAGCUACAGGGCUUCAUCGUCAUGGACUACGCCACCGAGUACGAGAGGGCGCUCAAGGACCUCGCCCAGUGGCUGCUCGAGGGCAAGCUUAAGCGGUCCGAGACCAUCCUUACCGGCGGCCUUGAGGUGGCCGACCGGGCCCUGCUGGACCUGUUUGAGGGCAAGAACAAGGGCAAGCUUCUCCUCGAGGUCAAGAACCCCAAGGACGAGGCGGCGAGGUUGUAA